AUCCUAAGCAAAAGCUUAACCUCGUUCGUGAAUUCUCUCGACCCUUGUCUAGAAUUCACCGAUAGUUUCUUCACAGCUACUUCUUCACCACUCGGCAUCAGUCCCUAUAUAUUGUCGAUUCAUUCGAAUAAACGUCGCUUUUUUCCAACCCAAAAAAAACAAGAACUUUCUAGUGUUUGUUUACCUUGUAGACAGGGCCAAAUCCGCCGUGUCCGAGCCGAUUCUUCUCGGAGAAUAAAUCAAUGCUUAAGAGGAAUUUAUCUGUGAAACUUGCUCCCCAGAGGUGGCAAGAUAAUGCUGGUGAUGGUGUGUUUGAUGUUGUAAUGACAUUUGAAGAAAAGGUUUUCGAUUCAGUUCUUGAAGAUCUUAACAACAGAGAACAGCCACUUAUGAAAACCAUACUUGUGAUGAACUUGGAAGUUAAAGAUAACCACGAAGAAGCAGCUAUUGGUGGCCGACUCGCCUUGGAACUCUGUCAAGAGAUUGAAGGGAAUGAAUCAUGGGAAGAUACAAUUGAUGACAUUGUCGCGGGUUUUGAAAAACAACAUAGGCGGAAACUUGUCUAUAGCAUCUCAUUUUACUGAAGAGAUACAAUCAUUAGUUGCAGUAAGCAGCAACGCGAGCUUUCUUUUGAUAUGCUUAAGGUUUUAUGGUCGAGAGUGGAGAAGAAAUUGUUUGUUAGAAACUGAGAAUUUGUUUUCCUAAACACAUGCCACUGCUUGUUUCUCCUUGCUUGAAAGUUGAAACAGAGCCUUGAUGAGUUGAUUCUACAUACCAAAACUGUUUCUGUUUUUUACACUACUUGUCUUAACCCAAGCAUUACU